CCCGAGCAAUAAAUAACGGCGCACUCGUGUUACUCCGUAGUUUCAGGGCAGUGGAAUAUAAAAACAGCACCUGGCUGUACAGCGUUAUUUUGACAUGUUUUCUACCAAGUUGGGCCGCCUCAUGAUGAGGUUGUACAGUCGUAAACAGACCGCCGUGUGCCGGGAGCCUCUCCGCGGGUUUAGCUGGGCUGCAGUGUGUCGACAGCGGUCAUUGAGGCAGCAGAGAAUCGCCUGUCCGAAGACCCAGCCUCACAUCUUGUCCUCUUAUACCAGCGCUCGGUCAUCCUCCCAAAACACAGUGGAUCCCGAUGAGGUGAGGAGGUUCCAGUUACUGGCCAGCAAAUGGUGGGAUGAACAGGGAGAAUUUGCAGCUCUUCACUCCAUGAAUGACCUGAGGGUGCCUUUUAUACGGGAUAAUCUGCUGAAUGUGCAUAGAGUGCGGCAUCCUGGGCAACCACUGUCAGGACUCCGGAUACUGGAUGUGGGCUGUGGAGGAGGUCUGCUUACGGAGCCCUUAGGUCGCCUGGGGGCUAAAGUGUUGGGCAUAGAUCCUGUAGACGACAGCAUCUCCACUGCCCAGGUUCAUGUGUCCCAUGAUCCAGACCUUCAAGACUGGGUCUCUUACCAGGCCUGCACCUUAGAGGAACUCUCGGAGGAGGUGAAGGAAGACGGCCAUUUUGAUGCCAUUGUAGCAUCAGAGGUGGUGGAACAUCUUGCCGACGUGGACACAUUCACCUUCUGCUGCAAGCAAGUACUGAAGCCAGGCGGCUCGCUCUUCAUCACGACUUUGAAUAAAACCAACCUUUCGUAUGUACUGGGUAUUGUUGUCGCUGAGCAGCUGCUGCGCAUUGUCCCCAGCGGGACGCAUAACUGGGAGAAGUUCAUCAGCCCAGUGGACCUAGAGCGCCUCCUAGAGUCUUAUGGCUUCUCGGUGCAGUCUGUACAGGGAAUGCUGUACAACCCAGUGUCAGGAGCCUGGAGCUGGACAAACAGCACGGCCAUCAACUACGCCCUCCAUGCUGUCAAAAUGACAGACGAUCCAGAGACAGAUCAAACUGAGGAACACACCUCCCACCCCGAGAACCACGGUGCAGCCACACACAGCUGAGCCACAAGACUGAGUAACUAGUCAGAAAAUAAAUACAUGAAUUCA